AUGCGGUUCACUCUACUGGCACUUGCUCUCGUUGGGCUUGCUAGAGCAUCAUGUCCUUACAUGGAGGGUGGCUCUUUUGCCUUCUCCAACCCUCCGCCCCAUGGCCAUACAAAGCGACAAGAGGCCACGGAGAUUACCGAACAGUUUCUGCAACAAUUCUAUGUGAACGACAACGACACCGACAUGACAAGCGACACUGGCACAUUCAUAGCCGACCAAGAUAGUCUCAAGGCGGGCGUGCGCGGCCCAACCCUAUUGGAGGACUUCAUCUUCCGCCAGAAGAUCAUGAGAUUUGAUCAUGAGAGAGUGCCCGAACGUGUUGUCCAUGCCCGAGGAGCCGGCGCACAUGGACAUUUCACAAGCUAUGGCGACUGGUCGAACUUGACCGGUGCUUCUUUCUUGAACAGCGACGGGAAACAAACUCCAGUCUUCGUCAGAUUCUCCACCGUCGCUGGCAGCAGGGGCAGUGCCGAUACGGCCCGAGAUGUACACGGCUUUGCUGUCAGGUUCUAUACCGAUGAGGGAAACUUCGACAUUGUGGGAAACAACAUUCCGAUUUUCUUCAUCCAGGACGCCAUCCGAUUCCCGGACUUGAUCCACGCCGUCAAACCGGAGCCUGACCGAGAAAUCCCCCAAGCAGCAACUGGCCACGACACAGCCUGGGAUUUCUUCAGUCGGCAGCCCAGCGCGUUGCACACGCUCUUCUGGGCGAUGUCUGGGUGGGGGAUCCCACGUUCCUACCGACACACCAAUGGCUUUGGUGUCCACACUUUCCGAAUGGUCACCGACGACGGUAGGAGCAAGCUUGUCAAAUUUCAUUUCAAGACUCUGCAAGGUCGAGCAAGUUUGGUAUGGGAAGAGGCACAGGUACUGGCUGGCAUCAACCCCGAUUUCCACAGGCGAGAUUUGUGGGACUCCAUCGAGGCCGGACGCUUCCCGGAAUGGGAGUUUGGGGUCCAAAUCAUGGACGAGGAAGACGUGCUGGCGUUCGGAUUUGACCUUCUCGACCCGACGAAGAUCAUCCCCGAGGAAAUCGUGCCUCUUACCCCAUUGGGCAAACUUGUGUUGGACCGAAACCCAGUGAAUUACUUCGCGGAAACGGAGCAGGUCAUGUUCCAAGUCGGACAUCUCGUGCGCGGCAUCGACUUUACAGACGAUCCCCUGCUUCAAGGACGGGUUUUCUCCUAUCUAGACACUCAACUCAGUCGCCACAACGGUCCCAACUUUGAGCAGCUCCCAAUCAAUCGGCCCCAUAUCCCGGUGCACAACAAUCAUCGAGACGGCGCGGCCCAAAUGGAUAUUCAUCAAAACAAGUACGCCUACACUCCCAAUGGAUUUAGCCACGAUAGCCCACGACAAACAACCCAAUAUCAAGGCCGUGGAUUCUUUUCUGCCCCUGUUCGUACAGUCUCAGGCCAACUCAGUCACAAUCUUUCCACGACUUUUGACGACGUCUGGUCUCAGCCUCGAUUGUUCUACAACUCUCUGAUUCCAGUGGAGAAGCAAUUCGUCGUCAACGCCAUGCGCUUCGAAAUAUCGCAACUCAGCCCUGUUGUUCAAGAAAAUGUACUCAUCCAACUCAAUAGAGUGAGCAACGAAAUCGCGGUGCAGGUGGCCCGUGCCAUUGGCCUUGCUACCCCGGAGCCCAACACUACUUACUAUCACAAUAAUCGCACAGCCGAGGUGACGAUUUUCAACACCACGCUCAACCGCCUUGACUCUCUCACCGUUGCCGUCCUCGCCACGACGACAAACGAGGAGAGUGUCUCCCAGGCGAACGACUUGGCGUCCAGCCUGUCCUCCCGACUCAACGUCUCCACCGUCGUGAUCGCCGAAUCCCUCGGCGAGAACAUUAGUCAAACUUACUCGGUCUCCAACGGCGCGAGCUUCGACGGUAUAGUCGUCACCGCAGCCACGGUGGACCUGUUUGUCAACGGCACCGCGUCCAGCCUCUACCCUGCAGGUCGUCCUGCACGGCUCGUUUCCGACGCUUACCGUUAUGGUAAACCAGUGGCCUUUUUUAGCGACUCCGACUCACAAGCUUCCCCUUGGGAGGGUACGAGCAUAGUAGAAGGACCCGGCGUUUACGUAGAAAGUGACGCCGACUCGUUGGUCGGUGCAUUCGAGUCUGGAUUGAGAACUUACCGUUUCGUUGAUAGGUUUGCUGUUGACGAGGGAAUCGAUGCAUAA